UAAACAUAGCUUUACUUUCAUUUUCAAUUUAUUUGGCGGAAAAAUUAAGAAUGGAUUGCGAUCAAAAUGAAAGGUCUCUAGAAGACAUUAAUACAGUUUUAGAAUAUGCUAAACUUGAACUGAGUGAUGUAAAGCCAACAGUCCAGUGUAUUUAUUUUUCACAACAACUGGAUAACCAGUCAUUUAAGCUUUUGGAACUGAAUGAUUCUGUACUGGAAACCCUCACCAAUGGAGAAAAGGUGGUGAUUCGUGGCAACACAGAUGAUAUGGCGGUGCUAUGUACACAAACAACUACAUUUGAAAUUAAGGAGGCAGAGAUUUCUAAUUCCAUGUUGAUAACUCCCCAGUUAGACAUAGGGGAGGAUGUGGGUGAUUCAGGUCCUCAAAACACCAAAGUCUCAAAAGUUAUUUCUGUGAUGAAUAACUACUACGAACUUCGACAUUGCAAACCAAAAGUUGCAAAACUGAAAAAACUUUUGGAGGAGAAUAUGUAUAGUGGUAAAGAGUGUGAGGAAGAUGAGCAACAUCAAGGUCACAAGUAUUGUUUUGAGGAUCUGUUGAAUAUUGUUCAAGGAAGUGAAGUGGAAAUAAAGGAAUCUUUAAAGAAACUCAAGGCAUGUCAAAUAGAAGGUUUGUGGCGAGUUCUGGAUUUUGAUUUCCUAACUCAAGUACUGAACCAUAUUAUCCAGCUUUGUGAAGAGAAUGAUUGGCUCUCUACUGGCAUACCGCUGGAUGAGUGUCUUGAAACUCUGGGACAACUCUUUCCGAGGGAAGUGAUUGCCCAUGUUAUAGAUUGCUAUGCUAAUGAAAUGAAGUCAGGAGGAGGGCAAGGAGAUCAUGAUCCAGAUGAUCAACCAAUGCAAAUUGAUGCCAAGUUCUUUUCUCUCAGCGAAGAUAAGAUCUGUCAGUUCUUUGCAGAGCUGGUUUUAAAAAACUCAGGAAAGUUCAACUUGAAAGAGUUUUUGAAAGUCUGGGAGCAGACAGUUCCACAAGGCAUGAGAACCAGUUUAUCCCAACUAGAGGGAAUUGCACUGAUAGACAGAAACUGUAUGCCAGAGGUCAUCUGGUAUUUUCCAGUGGAGGAUUUACCGGAGGAUGUUGGAGAGAGAUUCAACACACUGUUCAAAACACGGGAGAAGUGGUCUCUUGCUGAGAUCUCCCCUUAUAUCAGGGAUUUGACAACACAAAAAGUGGAUGUUGGUGGUCUGCUCACAAAGUAUGCAAGAGCUUCCAUGAUGAAUGGCAUCAAAGUUUUCAGCUCACGGAAACCUGUCACAUGACACUAGCGAUUAUUUUAAGAACUAUUUAUGUAUAAACACAUUAAAAUUGGAACAGGUGGUGUAAAUUGUUUUCAUCACAACGUAUGAAUUAAAGUGAUGUACUUGUACAUACAAUUACA